CCCGACAGAGCUGGGAUCGCGGGUCGUGCGCGGGCUGCUCCCUUCGGAGUGGUUUGGCCAUUCCCUCGUAGAGAGAACCGCGUCUCCUUGGUGUGCUGGUCCUGUAUCCAGCCCAGAGCAAAUCAGGUCCCUCGGGGCCUAGAGGCUGCCGCUUUGGGUGCCUCUGUGGAGUUUCACACCUGCUGCCUUGCUGCCUUACAGGUUUAUUUGUUUGUGCGACUAAUGCCAUAUUUCCAGUCUGUUGCCUGUGAAUCAUCCUAAAGCAUGGAGAACUUUGUUUUGUAUGACGAUAUUGGAAGAGGAAAUAUGACAGUUGUUUAUAAAGGAAGAAGAAAGGGCACAACUGAUUUUGUUGCCAUUGUUUGCAGUGAUAAAUGCAAGAGAGCUGGAAUAGCAAACUGGGUUCGUCUGACUCAGGGACUCACGCAUAAGAAUAUAGUGACAUUUUAUGAAUGGUAUGAAACAAGCAACCAUCUCUGGCUUGUAGUGGAAUUAUGCACAGGUGGUUCUCUAGAAUCUGUCAUUGCUCAGGAUAAAUGUCUACCAGAAGAUGUGGUGAGGGAAUUUGGUGUUGAGCUGGUUACUGGUUUAUACCAUAUUCAUAAGCAUGGAAUUAUCUAUUGUGAAUUGAAGCCUGGAAAGAUUCUACUGGAAGGGUCUGGCACUUUGAAAUUCAGUAGUUUUUGCUGGGCUAGAGCAGAUUUUGAAGACUUGGGAAAAGCUUUUGCUUUAGCUGGAGGUGAAGAAGAUGAAGAUAUUAAUGAAAGCACUCCACAAAAAAAUAUAGUUGAAGGCUUUCCGUUAUACACAGCUCCUGAAGCAAUAAAGGGAGACAACUUCUGCAAAGCCAGUGAUCUGUGGUCCCUGGGGUGUUUACUCUAUGAAAUGUUCUCAGGAAAACCGCCAUUCCUGUCAGAAAGCCGUUCUGAAUUAAUUGAAAAGAUUUUAUCUGAAGAUCCGUUGCGACCAGGACCAGAGGGUUCUGCUUUUCACAAACCUUCUGCUGAGUUCAUCAGUUUGCUUGAUGGGUUACUUCAAAAGGAUCCUCAGAAAAGACUGAAUUGGACAGAGCUAUUGCAGCAUCCAUUCUGGAAAGGAUCCCUUAGCCAUUGUGGUGGUGGUUCUGCAGACAGACAGGGCACAAGCUUAAGCAGAGAAGACGCAGAGUCAUCAAUUUCUUGUAGUGCCAAAGCAUCUGCUGAUGAUCAUGAAAAUCUAGAUAACCUGUCAUCCUCAAGGGCAGGUCUUAAACCACCAAGCAAUUCUUUCAAAAUAGAAACUCAGACUGAAUUGAGGCCCAAAAGUGUAGUUGAUGGUGAAUCAAAUGAAUCCAUAUUUCUUCUCAGUUCUCGUCCCACGGCUAGAACUAUUUCUGCAGUAGAAGUACAUGAUGCUACUACUGUCCCAAUCAAAAAUUCUUUACAAGGAGAUUCGUGGUUGAAAAAAGUUGAAAAUGUGUGCUCAAGUCAGCAGGAUAUGGAGUUAAAAUUGAAAGAGCUCAUUUACACUGAAUCUGAUCUUACUGUGACACCAAUCAUUGACAAUCCAAAGAUAGUGAAGCAAGUACCAGUUGGAUUUGACCCUAAAACUUUACAUAUACCAGCAUAUUCAGUUGAGAAGUUGUCCUGUAUGAAAGAUGUGGACUGGAAUAACUUCGUGAAAAGAGUGUGUUCCCUGCUUGAAUGCAGCGAGAAGAAUACAGGAGCAGCACGUUCUAAACUGAACUUACUGUACUAUCUGUGCACUUUGGUUGUCCACAAGGAGAUUGCAAACAGGCUAAUUAGCUCUCAGCUGUUUCCUAUAUUGAUACAUCAGUUGCGUGCAGCUGCCCACUGGGAUAUACGUGCAAACAUUGCUCGAGUGAUUGGUUUACUGGCGUUACACACAUCUGAACUUGAAGAAAAUGUACCUGUUUUUGAGGCAAUUACACUUCUAACUGAGCUAAUCAGAGAGAACUUCAGAAACAGCAAAUUGAAGCAAUGCUUUCUACCAGCACUUGGGGAGCUGCUUUACCUCAUAGCCAGCAAGGAGGAAAAAGGGGAGUACCCCAGGGAAUGCUGGGCUGUUCCCUCAGCUGCUUACACUGUGCUAAUGAGAUGUCUUCGGGAAGGGGAAGAACGGGUAGUGAACCAUAUAGCAGCAAAGAUAAUUGAAAAUGUUUGUACUACUCGUUCAUGCCAUGCACAAGGAUUUAUUACAGGAGAAAUUGGACCUGUCUUGUGGCACCUUUUCACACAUUCUACAGGAGAUUCUUUGAAGAUAAUUCCUAUUUCGGCUUUGUGCAGAAUUACUCGUUCCUCACCUAGUGCUUUCCAGAGUGUCAUUGAAAAAGUGGGAUUAACAGCUGUACUAAAUUACUUGGCAAAUGGAAUGUGCAAAAUUCAGCAGUACAUGCUCACGAUGUUUUCAGCAAUGUUGUCAUGUGGGAUUCAUCUACAGAGGCUAAUUCAAGAAAAGGAUUUUGUGACCACAAUUACUCGUCUACUUGAAAGUCCUUCAACUUUUAUUCGAGCAAAAGCCUUUCUGGUCUUGCUGCAAGUUUUAAUUAAUAACAGAGAAAUGUUGCUCCUCAGUUGUCAAACAAGACUCAUGAUGUAUAUUGAAAGAGACAGCAGAAAGACCAUGCCAAGAAAAGACCAGCAAGGUGGCAGUGAAUAUCUGUCAAAAUGCCUGGAUCUUCUCAUUUAUCACAUUGUGCAGGAGCUGCCAGGAAUUCUAGGUGACAUUCUCAGUGCCCUAACUAAUGUCUCUGGACGUAAACACCCAUCAACAAUUCAGGCCAAGCAGUUGAAGAUGUGCCUUCCUAUGAUGCCUGUAGUGCUUCAUCUUGUGACAUCCCAGGUAUUUCGUCCCCAGAUAGUCACAAAGCAGUUUCUUUUCAACUAUGGCAUCUUACUUGAGUUCAUCAGAUCAAUAGAUUCAGGAGAAACAAUCUUGGAUAGAGCAGUAGGGCAAGCUGCAUCAGAAGAAUUGAUUAGGACUAUUUUAUUGACCUUUGGAGCAAUAACAGAACAUCCCAGCUUGCUGAUAACCCAUCGCUUGGCUGUUGAAGACUCUAUCGUCCCACCACUUGUUUCUUUGGUCCACAGUCAGAAUGUGGAAUGGAGACUCUUCAGCUUGCAGUUGCUCUCAGAAACCACAUCAGUGCUUUUAAGCCACAAAGUCAUGGGUGAGGAGAAAGGGGAGAGCCUCAACUCAAACAACAAGCUUCUGUCUCUCAUUAGAGAUUUACUGCUGCCUCAGUAUGAGCACAUUCUGCUGUCUCCAGACCCGGUACCAAUGUAUGCUCUGAAACUGCUGGUGGCCCUGACUGAGCACAGCCCUGCUUCUGUGAGCUUCAUGGAAGAAGUCCAUCUUUUUCCAGUUCUUUUUCAAGUCAUCUCGAGGUACCAGGACAGUAUACUUGGGAAUACAAUGAAAACUGUAAUUGCCUUACUAAAUAAUAUUGUUGCUAACAGUAUGAACAUGAUGAUACUCUUUCAAGAAGGACUGACUCAUCACGUCUGUAAUCUCCUAAGAGAAGCUGUGGCCCUGUACUUGGAGGCAGAUGAUAAAAGGAGCACCAAGACAGCAAAUGUGCUGCUUCUGUCCUUACUUGACAUUUUGCAAUACAUGCUGACGUAUACAGCAAACAUUGUGCGCCGGACUUUGCAGGCACAGAAAUCUGGGGCAGGAGGGGACACACAGUCUGCCGAAGACCUUCUGCUAAUCAAUAAACCCCUGACGGACCUGAUUAGCGGGCUUAUUCAACUGCUUCCCAGUGAAGAUACGGAAAUAUUUUUGAGUGCCUCACAGAACUUAUUAUUGCUGGUUCAGCUGUAUGGAGGGAGCAAUCAGGAGAGUAUGUCUCCAGAAAACAUGGUCAGCUUUACUGAAGUACUGAAGUCCAAAAAAGAUCCCCAAGAACUUAAGCUUUUGUUGAAAAUUGUUAAGAGACUGAUAACUUCAAACAAGAAGCACUUGGAGAGCCUGAAGAAUGAUGGCACUGCUCUUAUCCAGGUUCUAGAGAGCCUGGUCCAAACUCCCAGCUCUCACGUUGACGUUGCUGUUACUUCCUUGGCAUUUGAAAUUCUGAAAGCGGUGAGACAUGAAAAUAUCAAGACUCCCAAGUGAACAGCCUUCUUUCAGCCUUCUGAAAUGUGCAGGUUGUGUACCCUGCUCAGCACCUCGGUCCAUCAGGAACACCUUCAGAUGAGCUGAGCGUUCAGCAAUUUGAGCUACAGCACAUGCAGAAUUUGGGCUGGCUCAGGAAGAGAGGGAAGCUGGCUCAGGGGCAGGGAGGGGGUUGGUUUGUUUUUUAAACCCCUGUAAGGAUGAAUUCUUGGUUACUACUUUGCCGUGCUGGCAUUACAUGAUGUAGCUCAAGUACUUGAUAGUUUGAAAGUGUAAAUUAAAUAAAUAGUAGAGUUACUUCACAA